AUGAUCCUUCUUGCAGUGCUUUUUCUCUGCUUCAUUUCCUCAUACUCAGCUUCUGUUAAAGGUCACACAACUGGUCUUUCAUUAAAUAAUGAACGGCUGUACAAACUCUCAUACUCCACUGAAGUUCUUCUUGAUCGAGGCAAAGGAAAACUCGAAGACAUUGUGGGCUACCGACUUUCAUCCAAUGUAGAUGUUGUCUUACUGUGGAGGAAUCCUGAUGGUGAUGAUGACCAACUGAUCAAAAUCACGAUAAAUGAUGUGAAUGUGGAAAACGUCAAUCAGCAGAGAGGAGAGAAGAACAUCUUCAAAGGAAAAAAUACACCCCAAAUCAUAGGAAAAGAAAACCUGGAAGCUUUGCAAAGACCUGUGCUUCUUCAUUUAUUCCAUGGAAAGGUCAAAGAGUUCUACUCAUAUCAAAAUGAGCCAGUAGCCAUAGAAAAUCUCAAGAGAGGUCUGGCUAGCCUAUUUCAGAUGCAGUUAAGCUCUGGAAUGACCAAUGAGGUAGAUAUCUCUGGGGAUUGUAAAGUGACCUACCAAGCUCAUCAUGACAAAGUGAUGAAAAUUAAGGACUUGAAUUCAUGCAAAAUAGCAAGAUCUGGAUUUACAACCCAAAAUCAGGUCUUGAGUGUCAGUUCAAAAGCUACGUCUCUUACCACCUAUAAAAUAGAAGAUAGCUUUGUUAUUGCUGUGAUUGGAGAAGAGAUACAUGCUUUGGGGCUGAAUUUCCUACGAACUGUAAUGGGGAAAAUAGUUUCAAAGCAGAAAUUAGAGUUGAAGACAACUGAAGCUGGACCAAGAAUGAUGCCUGGAAAGCAGGUUGCAUCCAUAGUUAAAGCAGUUGAUUCAAAGUACACAGCAAUUCCCAUUGUGGGGCAGAUCUUCCAGAGCGAGUGUAAAGGAUGCCCAUCUCUCUUGAAGCACUGGCAGUCCAUCAAAAAGCACCUAUUGCCUGACAACCUCUCCAAGGCUGAGGCUGUCAGAAGCUUUCUGGCUUUUAUUCAGCACCUCAGAACAGCAAAAAAAGAAGAGAUCCUCCAAAUUCUGAAGACUGAAGACAAGGAAGUACUACCUCAGCUGGUGGAUGCAGUCACCUCUGCCCAGACUCUAGACUCAUUGGAAGCCAUUUUGGAUUUUUUGGAUUUCAAAAGUGACAGUAGCAUUAUCCUCCAGGAGAGAUUUCUCUAUGCCUGUGGAUUUGCCUCCCACCCCAAUGAAGCCCUCCUGAAAGCUCUCAUUAGUAAAUUCAAAGGUUCCUUUGGGAGCAAUGACAUCAGAGAAACUAUGAUGAUCAUAAUUGGGGCCCUGGUCAGGAAGCUGUGUCAGAAUGAAGGCUGCAAACUCAAAGCAGUGGUUGAAGCAAAGAAGUUAAUUCUAGGAGGACUUGAAAAACCAGAGAAAAAAGAAGACACCAUGAUGUACCUGCUGGCUUUGAAGAAUGCCCUGCUUCCAGAAGGCAUCCCCUUGCUUCUGAAGUAUGCAGAAGCAGGAGAGGGGCCCAUCAGUCACCUCGCUACCACAGCUCUCCAGAGAUAUGAUCUUCCUUUCAUAACUGAUGAGGUGAAGAAGACUUUGAACAGAAUAUACCACCAGAACCAUAAAGUUCAUGAAAAGACUGUGCGUACUACUGCAGCUGCUGUCAUUUUAAACAACAACCCAUCUUACAUGGAAGUAAAAAACAUUCUGCUUUCUAUUGGAGAACUUCCCAAGGAAAUGAACAAAUACAUGCUCUCCAUUGUCCAUGACAUUCUGCGUUUUGAAAUGCCUGCAAGAGACAAAAGUUUGACACAAAAAAGUGUGACUCAUAGCUUAGAGAGUUCCAUACUCUCUAGUGGAAGUAACCUUCUGUUAAGGUCCUCUCUGCUCAGUGCAGUGGUCAUUGAAGCUCAAGGACUGGAGGGUUUAAUUGCAGCCACUCCUGAUGAGGGUGAAGAGAACCUUGACUCCUAUGCUGGCAUGUCAGCCAUCCUCUUUGAUGUUCAGCUCAGACCUGUCACUUUUUUCAACGGAUACAGUGAUUUGAUGUCCAAAAUGCUGUCAGCAUCUGGUGACCCUGUCAGUGUGGUGAAAGGACUUAUUCUGCUAAUAGAUCAUUUCCAGGAGAUUCAGCUGCAAUCUGGACUAAAGGCCAAUAUGGAGGUCCAGGGUGGUCUAGCUAUUGACAUUUCAGGUUCAAUGGAGUUUAGUCUAUGGUACCGUGAGUCCAAAACCCGCGUGAAAAACCGGGUUGCCGUGGUAAUAACUGGUGACAUCACAGUGGACUCUUCUUUUGUGAAAACUGGACGGGAAAUCAGUGUGGAAACAGAAGCAGGCCUGGAGUUCAUCUCAACAGUGCAGUUUUCUCAAUAUCCAUUCUUAGUUUGCAUGCAGAUGGACAAGGAUGUAGCUCCAUUCAGGCAAUUUGAGACAAAGUAUGAAAAGCUGUCCACAGGCAAAGGCUAUGUCUCUCGGAAAAGAAAAGAAAAGCUAGUAGCAGGAUGUGAAUUCCCACUCCAUCAAGAGAACUCUGAGAUGUGUAAGGUGGUAUUUGCCCCUGAACCAGAGAGUACUUCCAAUGGUUGGUUUUGA